CAGGCUCGGGACGUGAACAUCUUGAUCUGGACCUCGCGCAAGUCGGUCGAUCAUGGAACAAAUGAUCGCGUUAUGAUCCAUGGUGAAGGUACACGGGCUGCUGGUCGCAGGUCCAGGUCUGAAGCUCGAAUUGGCGAGAUGUUGGGCCCGCGAGACAGUCGACCCGCGCCGAGCAUCUUUGGGUCUCGGAGCAAUGUAGUAGCCAAUCAGGCCGGUUAUCUGGCCUGUCCCAUACCCGAA